UAUGUUCAGGCAGCAUCUCCCAUGAAUAUGUCAGUUCUUGCUUCUGGAAAACUUCAAGGAGGAGCUAGCUAUGCUGAAGUUACGAAGACGGCACAGGUUUCACUUGGUUUCGCAUUAUACGCAAUUGCGUGGUCGUUGACUGAAGUUAUAAGGUACUCAUAUUAUACACUGACGUUGCUGAACAAUGUUCCACACUGGCUUCAGUACCUUAGAUAUACUCUUUUCAUUGCUCUCUAUCCGAUUGGCGUUGUUGGUGAACUGCUGUCCAUCGCAGCUGCUCUUCCAGCCGUUAAACAGCGUAAGAUCUACUGUGUGGACUUGCCUAACAGCGCUAACCUAUCGUUUGACUUCCAUCUUGCGCUGAUUGUCUUCAUGUUCUUUUAUUUACCAUUUUUCCCGAAGCUUUACUGCUACAUGUUCGGUCAAAGACGAAAGGUCUUAUUUGGCAAGUCAACUGAAACGAAAAGUGAAUAA